ACUUCCGUGGGCGUUCACGGCAGGAGGAGGAGGCGGCUGCGGCCUUCCACGUGAGCCGACUCCGUUCCGCGACCAUCCGCCCGCACAGCGGAACUGAUCGUCAAAGGUCGUCAAGCUCUGACAGCGGCCACCUGACAGACAGGGCACGUGGGCGCGGUGCACGCGAACCGAGAGGAUGCGUCGGUUGGAUCGUCUGGUGGAGGAGGAGGAGGCGGAGGAGGCCGGGGCGGUAGCGCCGGCCCCGCAGAAGGAGGAGGAGCAGCAUCUGGGCUUCCAGCCGCUGGUCGUCAUCGAGCUGUCCCGGCAUCUCCAGCUGGUGACGCGCGACUGGCUGCUCUCGCGCUUGCGGGACAACGACCUCGACGGCGGUGCCUACCUGGAGGCUCAGCCACUGCGGGUGGGCGGUGAAGCGGACAGCGAGAGCCGCACCCUCGUGGUGGGAGCCACGUGGAAGCGAUUGCUGAUUGGGGCGGAGGAGGCUGGCUUUGUGCGGCGCUGUCAGGAUGGCUCCAUGAGGGCCUUCACCUACCUCUCACGGCACACCUUCGAAGGAUACUCCGAUGAUAACGUCGCGUUCCUGACGAUGGCUGAGCAGCAGUACAUCGUCAAGCACGCGCUCAACAACCUGCGCGCCAAGGAGGAGAUCAGCAUCCCGGGAUACUCCGACAUCAAGCUCUACCCGGGAAAGUCCGUGUUCCGCCGAUUCCAGUCCAAACGGCUGCUGGUGCAGAUCUACCCACUGCACGACACGGAGGAGCUGAAGAAGCUGUCGGCGCUGUGGUACCAGCAGGCGAGGCCAUCCUACCAGCCUUUGGAGGCGAUCCGACGCUACUUUGGGGAGGAGAUUGCACUCUACUUUGGCUUCCUGGGCUUCUUCACGUGGGCGCUGGUGCCCAUGGCACUGAUGGGCCUGCCCUACUACCUGUUUGCCUGGGAGGACUUUGACAAGUACGUGUUGUUCGCGGGACUGAACCUGGCGUGGGCCACCGUGGUGCUGGAGCUGUGGAAGAGGCACAGCGCGGAGCUCUCCUUCUGCUGGGGCACGCUGCUCAUGAGGCACGACUUCGAGGAGCCGCGUCCGGGUUUCCACGGGGAGCUGGGCAUGAACCCGGUGACGGGCCGCAGGGAGCCCACGUACCCGAGCUGGCGCCGCUCGCUGCGCGUGUACGCCGUGUCGGUGCCCUUCGUGUGCGCCUGCCUCUACCUCUCCUACCUCGCCAUGGACGUCUACUUCUGGAUGGAGGCGUGGGUGCUGGCGUGGCGGCACAGCGGCGACGGCGAUGCGGACGAGGGGGGGCCGCUGGCCGUGCUGGUGCCGUACGUGCCCAGCGUCAUCUACGCCGUUGUCAUCGAGGCCAUGAACCGCGCCUACCGGUACCUGGCGGAGCUGCUCACCGAGUGGGAAAAUCAUCGGCUGGAGUCCACGCAUCAGAACCACCUCAUCCUUAAAGUGUUGGUUUUCAACUUCACCAACUGCUUCGCGUCUCUCUUCUACAUCGCCUUCUACAUGCAAGACAUGAAGCUCCUAAGACAGAGCCUCGCAGCGCUACUCAUCACAUCGCAGAUCCUGAACCAGUUGGUGGAGUCCAUACUGCCCUACUGGCUGCGCAAGCGCCGGAACCAGCAGAUGGGAUGGUCGAGCUCGGAAAAAGCGCCGUCCGAUCACAAGGACUCGCCCCUGCGCCAGCAGAUCCACAUCGAGGGGGAGAUGGGCACGUACUUGGGCACGUUCGACGACUACCUGGAGCUUUUCCUGCAAUUUGGCUACGUGAGCCUCUUCUCGUGCGCGUACCCGCUCGCCGCCGUGCUCGCCGUGCUGAACAACGUCACGGAGGUGCGCUCCGACGCGCUCAAGCUGUGCUGCGUGCUCAAGCGGCCCUUCUCCCUGCCCGCCGCCAACAUCGGGGUCUGGCAGCUGGCCUUCGAGGUGAUGGGGCUGAUGGCGGUGAUGACGAACUGCGCGCUCAUCGCCAUGUCCGAGCAGGUGCGAACAUUCUUCGACCAGGAAGGCGGCGUCACGCUCAACUACGUGCUCAUCAUCGUCGCCGCCGAGCACGCGCUCCUCGCAUUGAAGUUCAUGCUCACCUUCGUCAUUCCCGACAAACCGCGCUGGGUGCGUCAGAAGCUGGCGCGCAUCGACUACGAAUCCCUGCAAGCGCUCAAGAAACAGAAAAUUCAGGUGUUCAAGUCGUUGUCUUCAGAACAGAACACCGGCGACUUCCUAAACAGCGCGCUGGGGGAAUAAACCACAGAGCAAAGCGAGCAGCAAAGGCCAAACCUCCCAAACGAUCGGUCGCGGGGCAUCUACGCUGGUCUAAGACAACGGAAAAGAAAAGGUUACUUCCCACAUAACCCCAAAGCUGCUUCAUUCCUCAUUGGAUAUCUUCCGGGUCGCCGUGGGCUGGAGUAUGAAUGUGACUGCUCUUGUCUGGUCAUAGCGGGCUGUGGUGUGUUAGCAAUCGUAGCGGGAUGUGGUGUGGUAGAAGUCACAGCGGGACAUUAUUUUACGGCGACCCAGGCAGACAGACACCCAGCUGAUGUUAACCUCUGCACUUAAACUUAUCCGUUGUAAGAUUAUUGACAUGAAACGUAAAUAACUUCUGCGAUUGUUUACACCGCACAUAUAAUUACGCGCUACAAAAGAUAUCAGAAAAAGCCUUCCUAAAUUCUAAUGGAGAUAAAAACGGUCAUACUAUGUUGCUGUAACUAAAUGUGCGCAAAAUAUAUUUAGUAUCGAUAUUCAACAAAGUAAUAUACUGUAAUUAAAAGUGGCUGAAACGUAACCUUUUGUUUAACUGUAAAAAUUCUAUAAAGAGGUUUGUGUAUUUGUCGCAGCGUUGUGAACGGUAACUGAGAUCUUCAGAAGAGGUGCGGUAAUAAGUCGUGGAUGUGCGGACUCCGACCAUUUGUUGCAGUGCUGUAACCCUGACACUUUAUUUGCCUUUAUUUUAUAAUCACCAAAGUGCGUCACAGUGCGCCAGGUUUAUUAUUCGGCUCGUGACGAGCAUUUACAUUGACAAUCCUUCAGUGAUGAAAGUGCGGGGAGGGAAGUCGGUUAUUUAAGAGCACACGUGUUCCUUCUUUCACGUACACGCAGACACUUCAGUGUCCUCAGCCCAGUCUUUGAUGGUAGCCCAAAGACCCAUCACAACUUGGCAUUAGCACUUGACAGGACAAAUGCCAAACCCCCCUCAUAGGGAAUGAACGGGACCUCUUAUGAGAUGUAACGGAGUGAACACACUUCGUUUCUUCCACUGGAGAACUUUCUAAAAGGACAGACGAGAGAGAGACAUUGAAUUGGAGAAGUCUGUGACAUCUCCAUUCCCUGCCUCUGUAAGUAUAUCUGCCGUCCGUAGGAAGUUCCUGUAGGAAGUUCCAAUCAGAAUUCAACAGUUUGCUAAAAAAAACUCUUAUUCAGAUAUCAACCUCCCAUAAAGACCAAGGUUAAAGAGGUCACAGUGCUCUUAUUAACGAUAAUAAUACGCCUGAAGAGCGCUUCAAUGCUCUUGUUCAGACGAGGUCUGCUUGGAAUGUGCGUCCAAUGGCAAAUAAAAUGGUGCCGAGUUGUAGUGAAACAUUUCACAGGGACGGGUCAUGUAUUCAUAUGUUGUGCUUCACAGUUUUAUCCGAAUGGUGAUAGCCGCAAUCGCACUCUUGACACGAUGGAUCCGUUUCAACUUGCACAAAGCAGUGCUUCCAUCACCCUGCGUCACAAAACAACAUAAAUAGGCACACGAUAUGUCUCCUUCACGUAAACCGUCUCUCCACAUUGAACAUGACGCGGCUCUCAUCGGCAGGGUCAGGCUUGCUUGGUUCAAAUCAAAUUUGAAGUCGAAACUGGUCCAGAGUUUGCUUGCCUUGAAAUAGUGCUGCUGACAUUGCGCACUCCCAGACGGCCACGCGGCUGAUGGUUUGUGCAGGGAACACUUUUAUUGUCGUGCGGAGCGACGGCGGCGUGGCGGAGAGGAAUUUUUAUUUUCUAAAACAACACGAAUCGCUACUUUGAGUUUCGUGUUGUUAAACGAUCUGCGGGCUGAAUUGUUUCUGAAAUCUCACAAAACCUCGUCAAGUGACCCAUCAUCCACUCUGGGGUGCACUGUUUUCCCACCCACCCUCUGUUACCUUUGGCGCAUUUAUGACAGUAAAAGCAAUAUAUUUAGCCAGAUGAAGUGCGGAACCAAAUUGUCCGAUGAUUACUUCAUUGUGCAGUCCGCUGGUGACCGACGGAGACCAUCAACUCGCCCCGCUUGAGAACCGCCCCGGUGCAUUCACAGGCAGCGGCUGGGCACCCGCGUUUGAACCCAGGCCCUCGGCCGUGACGGCUCCGCACUUCUGACCUCCGGGUCGCCCACGGCCCCCUUGUCCCGUGUUUAGCUUGUUUAAAGUCAAGCCAUUAUUUAUGAAAGUAGAAUUAUCUUCGUGCCAGUUGUUGAGAACGCUACUCGGAUCAGGCUGGCAAAUGGAUGCGUGGAUUAGCUCGUUCGUUUUGUUUUGCGCGGGAGAUGUAGCUUGUAGUCUGGUCUUUUGCUGUUUGAGGUCUGAUACUUGCACGUUGCUUUGUAAACAUUUAACAGGAAGCAAUUCGGGUUGGAGGCAAUGCGUUUUUUUACGUACCGUAUUGUAAAUGGUGUUUUUGUUAUAAUAUUCACUUUGCUGUAACUGAAAUAGCAAUACUAGUCUCUUGAAAGAUUGCAUUUGGAGGAUUUGCAGUUAACAUUGCUCAUUGCAAGUAUUCAAAGAAUACAAUGCUCUUGGUUGGUAAUCUUCAUGCUGUAUGUUUGUGAGCAGUUUGGUAUAUAAGUUGUACUCCAAGAGAACAAACACCUUGAUCAGAGUAAAAUAAAAACUCCCAUAAGGUCACAAUUACUGCAUGUAACAUAAAGAUACGUAACAAACAAAAUAAGUGUCGACCUGUUGAAAAUAUGUUGGAGCAGUGCUCAUCUCCGUUGGCACACCUGAGCCAGUGUUGGGCAUUCCACAUUCCUAUGGCAGGAGGCCAGACACUGCCAAUGAGGCGACCACUGCUGUUUUACCUACCCCAGGGAGAUGAUGAGCUGAGUCCAGCCCAGGCCGGGAUUUAACUGCACAACCUUCCGAUUGCGGUUUGCGUGCUCUUCACGGCAUCGCCACUGCCAGAUAUAAUAAAAACAAGUGCAGUGUGGUGAGACCUGGCCCUCGAGGAUUAUUGCGCCGUUGACUCCGAGGAGCAUUUUGAGAACAAGUGGCUAAUGUGAAGACCACGAGGGAUGCGGAGGGUAACGAGCAAUGGUGCAAGCUCUGAUUUGGAACUGGAGUUCGUAGCAAGUGGAGAGAAACUGAAUUCCCAACUGGCCAAAGUCCAAGAGACAAGGCCCUGGGAUUGGGUUCAGUCCAGCUCACGUCAGGUCUGAUGUCGCAAUUUUAAGUCUGAUAUGAACUGAUGCAUCGUUCUUGAACUCUGUUUCGUGGCAAGUCACGUAAAAUGAUCUUAAGCUGGUGGGCCAUGUGAUGUCAUGACAUCACGUGACCGUGGUGUCAUAACAACGGCAGUAAAUGUGACUCCUAAUCUGUGCUUCUGGAAGGCUCUCGUCGUUAUCUUGGGUCCCUCUCACGAGAUGGUCUCUCUUGUCCACAGCCCUCUCAUAUCCGUCUCUUUGUGUGCUGUCGUCUCACCACGUUGCGUCUCUGUGAACCAAAUCUCUUGGUGGGCCACUCCACGACAUCUUUGUGGGCCCCUACCUGGCCCAUGGGCCGCCAGUUGGCAGAACAUUGCUGCCCUCGUGUAAACACAGCUUCAUGACAAUUCAUGAUGAAAAUAACUGACGGGAUGGCAGCUGACAGGUAACAAUUACAAAGGUCCAACCAAAGAGGAGGAGAUGGAGCUCCAGUGGAGAGAGAGUUGUGGGCCAUCUUGUAUGAACGGAGGGUUGUCAUUCUAGCAGUAGAAUAAGCGUAGCUCCUUGGUUAUGCUUUGAGUGUGCGUGUAUAAUGGGUGAAUCCGUGGGGAGUGUUGAAUUGCCAAAUUGGUUUCAACUGGUAGGGUCAUUUAAAUGUUACAACUACAGCUGAGUUUUUAAAGCCACAACUCUCUAACCCACCACAGUGCAGGUUCCAGUUGUUUAAAAUCAUCAGGUGCAUUUAAGCGGAUUGAGAUUGGUAUUGAAAUGCAAACUAGUGGAAAGUUAUGAAUGGUGUUUUAGGAAUCCCGGGCCUGAAGCACUUAAGGUUAAGAGUUGCACAGGUUAGUUUGAAACGUAUCAAUUGUUUAACAUUCAAACAAAUGAUUACAUUGAAUCUCAUGGAAUACUUUCACCAAACAAAAGCUCGUGAAUCUCUUGUUCAACGGUUGGGAGCCGGUUGCCCCAGAUGAAAACGGUACUUAAUGUUUUGUUUACCUGGUGAAGAGACGGCAGGUUUGCUUCGGUACGCUGAGCGUUGUUUUUUGUGCGUGGACACGUUCUGGUUGUUUCUCCAAUUCUGCGAUGGUUGAGUCGAAGCGUCUCCCGACUCAAACGAACAAUGGGGGCCGGUCUGUCUAGAGCAGGGUGAGGAACCUCCUGCCCGGACUACAGAGACUCCUCUACUUACGAACGAGUUCGGUUCCAGAUUUCUGUUUGUACAUCGAUUGUUCGUAAGUAAAGGAGUCCUUGUACACUCCACACAGCCACGCGGGGCCUGCCACUUCGAAACGGCCAGAAAAUGAUUGCCAUUACUGCGUUGAUCUCAGCCGAACAAAUCGGGUGCUGGGCAGGGGGGAGUAAUAUUUUCUACCUGGCAACACUGUUUUUAAUUGUUGUCUUUCAAUCAGUUCUGAGGACACAAGCCAAUGAUUACAGUCCUAGCUUGAUCAACUAUUAUUACAAUCAACGACCGUGUGAUUCGACCAAAGGUAUCUAAAAGUCAUGUUCGGCCCUUCGGGAUCUCUGUGACGAGCACUGUCGUCACGACUGCUUCGUAACAAUCGAAUGUGGCCUGUCCCGGGCAGUGUUUGGGCAGCUCUGCAGUGUGCCACAGGCAGAUCCACGAACUUCAAUUCCACAUUUCGAACUAUGCAACGGCCGAGUGUGGAGCAUUACUUGCACCGACACGUACACAGAGUGCAUUCACUGGGUUCGUGGAUGGCACAUUGUUGCUGUGAAUGCCCUCUGUAUUUGCCGUGUAAUUCAGUGGCUCGCGAGCCCUGUUCCACCGCUGCAGCUGUGAGAUCUGGCAGGAAGAAGUGAUGGUGUGGUGGCGGUGAUCGUUCAUCUUUAAUAUUCGUCUUAAAUGCCUUCUUGGAGAGUGACUGAAUUUGGAGUUUUUCUCUUGAAGGAGGUGCCAGCUCAGUGUUGGUGGAACAGGUCUCGGAUAACAUAGCGGUACAAAAACUAAAUUGCCACAAUUUUCUCCAGAUUUGGUCAAACAAAUUGUGCUGAAUACUUUCUGUGGAUGAUCAUCCAACACCCUGUGGCCCUGUGCUUCUAACCUCGAUACCCAAUUAAAGUUCUAAAUGUUCUUAUUCUUUAACUGAUGGAUACCCUGCGAGUAGUUUUAAAUGCCACUCCAUCCGUUUUAGGGCCAUUUGCCAAUCGUAUGCCGUAAUAUAUUCACUCUUAGCUGGGGACACGUGUAGCAUUUUAGUUUGCACCCCCCCCCCCCUUGCUUCCUCUUUUGAAGCCUGGUUGUGUCUCACUUGAGCAUGCGCUGAUUGUGACAGAAUGGCCAGUUUCUCAAGGUUCCUGUGAAUUAAGGGGCUGCUGGUCACUUCCAUGAACACGCGCGCAAUGUUUAACGUGGAACCGUUCAACACAGUGGUUUAAGCACUUGUCCGUCGUCGUGUUCCGCUUCGACAAUGUUGUCGAGGGAGUUCAAUUCCUUACGAAAGUCGUUUGACACUUGCGUUGAGUGCUCUUGCUUCUUGCUGCAAUGCACUGUUUUGUGACCUAUGGGAAAAGGUCCUUAACUGUAUUAAUAAGCUGCCUUCACUUGCAUAAUGCAAUAUUUGAAAGUUUAUGGAUGCAAAAAAAUAAAUGUCUCCAAAAA